AUGGAGGGAUAUUUCAAAAAGAACUAAACCAAUCAGACUUUCUAAGUUCGUAAAACGAAUACAAAUUUACUUCCACUUAAUCGUAGAAGUAAUUUACCCAAUAAUAACGGAACAAGCUUUCCUGUUCAAAGUGAUGACUAAAGGAAUAAUUAUAUUUUAAGUAGCUAGCAACUUAAUAAUAAGUAAUAACCGCAAUCUUUUUUAGCUUCAGGUAUAUCUUCUAAGCCAGUUAAUCCUCAAAAUAUCACUAGUGAAGUCAUUUCAAAAAAUAAUCACUUUUAGUUUAACAACAUUCCACAAACUCAGAUGCCUAAUAAUCCUACAAAUAUCAAUUAAAAGUUUACAAAUUAUAACCACUUUUCAGAGAAAUAAUUCACUCCUUUGUCAACAACUAACAAUAACAAUCCCAUUUCAAACAGCAACAACAACAACAAUUUCUUAAUAUAAAAGAAUGAGCUUCUUACAAAAACAUUUUUAAAUAAACCAACAGAAGGAUAAUUACCUCUGAAUUUAAAUUAGUAGUAGUUAAUAAACAAAUAAACUUCAGCCUAAAAUAUUCAAAACAUGUUUUAGUUCGAAACUUAAAAUUAAAAUAAUUACUCUCCAAAAAGGUAGUAAUAGCUUAUAAACGACCUUUAGCAAGAAAACUUCAACCUAAAAAGAGAAUUGUAGAAAUAUCGUGAGAAGGAUGUUAAUCUCUACUAAGAAAAUAUUAAAUUGUAAGAAAAAGUAAAAGAUUUAGAAUAGAAAUUGUAAGAUUAUGAAAACAAAGAUUAGCAAAGAAAGCUAUAGGAGUAAUAAAAGUAAUAAAGGAGAUAAAGAUAGAGAGAAGAAAUGGAGAUUUAGAGGUAAUAUGCCUAUAUGCUGGCAUUAGAGUAAAUUGAGCAAGAAAAUAAUAAUUAAAAUUAAGCCCCAAAUGUAGAUAAUAUGACAUAUGAAGAAAUUAUCAACCUGCAGGAUUAGAUAGGAUAUGUGAGUAGAGGUAUGAAACCAGAAGAUAUUAAUAAAAUAAAAGAAAUCAGAUAUGAUAAGUUGAGAAUGAAAGAUUAGAGUGCCCUAUGUUCUAUAUGUUAAUGUGAUUUUGAAAAUAAUGAAAAGGUGAAAGAGCUAAAUCCUUGCAAACACUUUUACCAUCCUGAUUGCAUCAACCAGUGGUUAAAAAACGAAAAAAAUUGUCCAGUUUGCAAAUAAUUCAUUUAAGUUUGA